UUAUUCCUACCAAAGCUACACCAUUCACUAGAAAUGCUAGGAUAUCAAACAAUCUAGAUAAUAUGACAAAUACCAAAGAUUGGGACAUACUAAAUUCUAAGGAUGAGAAGCACCAAACAGGGAUCGAAUAUAGAACUAUAGGAGUUGAAAACAAUGAAUAUGCGAGACAAAAUGACAAUGGUGGAGGGCAUCAAAUGACGAGAAUGGAACAAGACGGGCGAAGAAAUUAUGCGACAGUGGUAAGAAAUGACACAUACGCACAUGUGGUGGCAGACGGUAAAGAUGGAAGGUAUCAAAAACCAAUAACUGAAUCCUAUGGAUAUGGAGUACCAACCGACAGUAAUGAGAGAUACUCAACAACUAGGAUGGAAGAUAAUAAACGACAGGAAUUAAAACGUCAGACAACAGGAAGAGAUACCGAAUAUCAGGGAGGUAGGAUACAAAAUAGCAGAGAUGAACAAUACAAAACAUCAAGAACGGAGGAUAACAAAUAUCAGGAAAGAGAGGUAAAAAAUAGGGAUGAUAGAUACAGAACAGAAAUUGGUGAUAACAAGUACAAAGGAUACGAGAAACUAAGCAGUGCGGAUAUUACAUAUCAAACAAUAAGAAUGGGAGACACUAAACAACAGGAAGGGGGAUAUCUAACUAUAGUAACCGAAAACACUAGACAUAAAGUACUAAACGAUAGGGAUGUGAGAUAUACAUCAACGGACAAGAGAUAUAUGGAAAAUAACAACUAUCAAGAAAGUGAGGCACAAAACAACAAGAACGGAAGAUACCAAACAAUGGAAGUGGGUGAUACUAAUCAACAAGGAUAUAUGUCAAGCAAUAGGAAUAAUAGGAAUGGGGAGAAUCAAAUAGCUAGGACAAGAGAUUUCAAACAACAGGGACGGGGACAUCAAACGGUUAUGAUUGGAGAUACUAAAAAUUACGAAUCUGUGACGCGCAAUAACGGGAGUGAAAAUUACCAAAAAAGAACAGGAAAUAAUGAAUAUCGGGAAA